CGGCAGAGGCGGUGUCCGAGCUUCCGGGCGGGUUGUCAGCCGGCUCCGGCGCCGCGCUGCGCUCGCCUAGGUGGUGGGCGGGGAGGGAAGGAAGGGAGCGGGUGCAAGGCGGCGGCGGCCGCGGCGGCGGGGGAGGAACUUGUUGCGCCCGCGGCUGCGCGGUGGCGCUCCCUCAGCUCCAGUUCGCCAGGGCGGGCGCGGCGGCGGCGGAGACUGAGAAGCGCGGCCGUGGCGAUGCGGCGCUACCUGCGCGUGGUCGUGCUGUGUUUGGCCUGCGGCUUCUGCUCGCUCCUUUACGCUUUCAGCCAGCUCGCCGUAUCCCUGGAAGAAGGAGCGGGUGGCGGUGGCGGGAAGCCGCAGGCCGCGGUGGCUUCCUGGCUCGCGGGCGGCGGACGCGGCGCCGUGAGAGGCACGGGCGGCGCGGGCCCCGCAGCGCAUCCCGGCGGCUCGGGCAGGUGUAAAGAUUUCUCUCUGUGUUACUGGAAUCCCUAUUGGAUGCUGCCCUCUGAUGUUUGUGGAAUGAACUGCUUUUGGGAAGCGGCUUUUAGGUACAGUCUGAAAAUACAGCCUGUUGAGAAAAUGCAUCUAGCUGUAGUUGCCUGUGGUGAAAGACUGGAAGAAACUAUGACCAUGUUGAAGUCAGCUAUCAUUUUCAGCAUGAAACCUCUUCAAUUCCAUAUUUUUGCUGAAGAUCAGCUACAUCAAAGCUUUAAAGACAGACUUGACAGCUGGUCAUUUCUACAAACAUUUAAUUAUACGUUAUACCCCAUAACCUUUCCAAGUGAGAAUGCAGCAGAGUGGAAAAAACUCUUUAAACCAUGUGCUUCACAGAGAUUGUUCUUGCCGUUAAUCCUGAAAGAAGUUGAUUCACUAUUGUAUGUCGACACUGAUAUCCUUUUUUUACGACCAGUUGAUGAUAUUUGGUCUUUACUAAAGAAAUUUAAUUCCACACAAAUUGCUGCAAUGGCACCAGAACAUGAGGAACCUCGAAUAGGAUGGUAUAAUCGCUUUGCUAGGCAUCCAUACUAUGGAAAAACUGGAGUAAACUCUGGAGUUAUGUUGAUGAAUAUGACUCGAAUGAGAAGGAAGUAUUUCAAGAAUGAUAUGACAACUGUACGACUACAAUGGGGAGAUAUACUUAUGCCAUUGCUUAAAAAAUACAAACUGAACAUCACAUGGGGUGAUCAAGAUCUAUUGAAUAUCAUGUUUUUUCAUAACCCAGAAAGCCUUUUUGUUUUUCCGUGUCAUUGGAAUUAUCGACCAGAUCAUUGUAUAUAUGGAAGCAAUUGCCAAGAAGCAGAAGAAGAAGGAAUCUUUAUUCUUCAUGGGAACAGAGGUGUUUACCAUGACGAUAAGCAACCAGCAUUUAGAGCUGUUUAUGAAGCACUAAGAAAUUGCUCUUUUGAAGAUGACAACAUCCGUUCCUUAUUAAAACCUUUAGAACUGGAACUACAAAAAACAGUGCAUACAUACUGUGGAAAAAUUUACAAAAUAUUUAUCAAACAACUAGCAAAAAGUGUAAGAGAUCGUUAUGCCAGAUCACCAAAGGAAAAAUGAUUCUUGGUGACUGCUAAAUCAAAUGAAUGAAAACAACAAAGAAUCAGAGGAUAAGUGUGAAGGAAUCGUCUUGGAUGAAGUAUUCAGGAAGGAAUUAUUCAUCUCCAGAAUAAUUUUUUUUCCCUAAAGAAGUUAAAUGAGCAGUAUUUUCAGGUAAUGAAGAAUAAGUUAAAAUCUUGGGCCUCAACAAUGAAACAUUUUUUAUCUCUGAUGUUUUGUAAUGUAACUAUCAUUCCAGUAUUGAUGAAAAUAUUAUUGAAUGGUUUUAACCUGCAGACUUCUGUUGACUCAUACUCGCAAGAGUGGUAGGGGUGUGUAGAUGGAGAAAAUGUACCUCAAACAGUGCAAACACUCAGACUGUGAGUAGAGCAAUAAUUUUAUGUCAGCACUAACCUCACUUUAAAUGUGUGAGAAAAAAGUUUGUUUACAGGAGCAGAAACAGUUCUGUUUCUAAAGAAAUGUGAUGUAACUGAUGUAACCAUUGACAAUCUAUGUGUGCCUUUAUACAUUUCAUCUCUGUUUUAAAAUAUUUUUAUGACAAUCAUGUUUAAAAUUAUUUUUAGAUUAUAAGUAAGCUGCAUGUUACACAUUGAACUGUGUAAGGUAGGGGAAAAAUACUGAAAACUUUGGGGUUUUAAUCUGUGUGCGCAUUUGUGUGAGAGAGCGAGCGAGCGAGAAAUGUAGUGUUUCAUUUUGUAUGCAUUAAACUCUCUUGCCAAAACUCAGAUUUAAGAUUGUUAAAUAGAUAUUUGGGGAUUUUUUUUAUCACUUUAAAUGAAAAAUGUCAGCUUUACUGGGCAUUCUGGAAGCAAAAUGUAUUAUGCUGAUGAUAAAGUGAGAACCUUGGGAGUAUACUCAUAUGAUGGUGGAAAAUGUGAUGGACCAAAAUACAUAAGCUAUAUACUUUCUGUGAGUAGUAAUUUUAGUUACAAUGGAGUAGAAAAAUGUGGUCCAUUUAAACUUGUCUUCUACCUCAUAAUGGCCUUGCAAGAUACUUUUGAAGAAGCAAAUAUCUAGAGCCUUACUUUAAGUAAGUUAAACAACUUAAGUGGAUGAUUUGGAUUAAGAUUGUUACAUCCACCUAUAGAAAAUGUGGUUUUAAUUGGGUUGAUUUGCAUAUCUUCCUUUUUUGAGUAUCACUUAAAACAGUUAAUUUUUUAAAAAUCUUGAGAAAAAUAUUGUUUCUUUGGCAUUCUUGACCUGUUAUCUAAUAUAAAUAUAGAUUAUGAAUACUUAGCAUAUACUAUGCUGGGGCACAUAUCUUAUUUUACCAACGAUUAUCUAUAUGGUUAUCUUCUUUUUCUCUCUGAUAUUUUAAUGCUCAAGUAGAAAAUGGAAAAUCAUGAAGGAAAAAUAUCACCAGUGAAAAUCGUGGCAAUUAGUUUUGUGAAGACACAGUGACCUCUGUGGAGACAUGGAAUAUGCAGAAAGAGAUGGUUAGUACAGUUGUUCUGUCGUCUGCAGUUCAGUCAGGGACAAAUUGAGAGAGGAAAGUUUAAGUAAGAUGCAUUAGAAGUUGAUAACCAGCCCAGCAUUCUUAGAACAGAUGGGUUUAGAGAACACAAGUUGUAGUUCCUUGGCAGAAUGCCAUGGUGGAUAUAAGAAACUGUGAAAUUGAGCGUACUGAGUAGAAAAUGAGAAUACUAAAAAUGUGAAGUUUGGAGGGUAUGUAUUAGAUCAUUUCUAAUGGUCCUCAAAUAAUGAUCAUUGCCUGCCUGACUAUAUGAGAUUCUUGUUGGGAGCUUAAGAGUAGAUUCCUGAGCUAGGCCUUUGGAGACUGUGGCAUGCUGUGUCUAGGAUGGAGUCUGUAAAAAAGUUUCUAAUGAAGAGAUUUAAAAAUUAUACAAAACUAGAAUAGUGCAUUGAUACUCAACAUCCAGAUCUGACACUUAUCACUAUCUUACCAUGUUUGCGUCAUCAUUUUUUUCUUUGCUUAAGUAUCUUAAAAUCCCAGACAUUGUGGUAUUUCAUUGCUGUGAACACUUUAAGUAGAUACCAUGAUAUCACACCUAACAAAAGCAGCAGCAGUCCUUCGGCUUCAUCUCAUAGCCAGAUUUCCCUGAUUAUCUCAAAUAUGCCAUCUUCUAGUUGGUUUGUUAGAAUCAGGGUACAGAAUAUAAGUCACAUGAUGAUUUUGUUUUUAACAGUCACCUCAGACGACUUUGAUGUUAGCUACUUUGGGAACCACUGGAAAUUAUUUUGCCAACUUGAAGUUAGGAUACCACAAUUCUUGGCACAGUUGGUAGAUUAUAAAUGUGAUUUUGAAAUAUUAGAGGAAGCAUUUGGGGUUAAUGACAAGAUAUGAAUUUGUAUUAGUAAGUUUGAUAAGAUUUAAUUUCCUCAGUGAACGGAGAAUCUCAGCCCCAUGGGCUCUAAUUGAUUGGGAGUUGUAUAGAGCGUGGUCACAGUUUAAUCCAACUGGACUGUAUGCUGUGGUCUCACUCAUGGUGUGGAUUAUUUACACUGUCACACACUCUACAUGGUGGAUCAGUUGGAAGGUUCUUCAUCUGGUUUAUUUAGACCUGACCUAAUUGAUCGUUUUACGAUAAAUGGAAUUAAUAGUGAAAGCUCUCUUUUAGGUACUGUUUCUACCUAAAAUUAAAGGUAUCACAAAAUGUGUAUAAUAAUUUUUAAAUGAAUUUUCUGAAUUUAUUUUUAGACAAGGUAAUUCUUCUUUUGAAUUCUAAAGAAAUGCAGUUCUUGGAGUUGAUGAGAGGUUGAAUUAUAGAUGGACAACUUAGAGAAUGUAUUCCAUUUUCAUAUAAAUGGUCUUUCAUAAAACAUAGUAUAUGUAUGCAGUUCAUAUAAAUUACGUGAUUUAUUAUUUGAGUCUAUGUAUUCUGACCUCAGAACUCUCUCUGGGCUACAGUAUUACCAAAGUGGGAUGCCUUUAAAAUGCAGUCAAACUUCAUUUGUAUGAAGUAGAAAAGAACUUGGGAAACCUUUAAAAAUAUAUAUUGUGAUUUACGCUCUAAGAAAGUGCAUACUUUUUUCUACUGAAGAGUAGUUCAUAAUAUGUAAGGGUUUUAAGGCCCUGAAAUAAUAAUAGUGCUUACUCAUUGCUCUCUCAUCUUGCCUCCAGUCAGAUGUUAUUGGUAUAGUGAAAAGAAGACCAGAUUGUGAGCUAGAUCUGGAUUCUCUUCUUAGUUACUCAGGCAUGUUAUUUAACCUUCUCUGUGCCUUAGGUUUUAAAGUACAAUCAGUGUACCCUUCAAACCUCACAAGAUGAGACUCAGAAGAGAUAAUGGAUUUGGAAGCAUUUUGUGUGGCUUAUGUUAUGCCACACCAGUGUUACUUUUGAAGUUCUGUUUUGUUCUGUUGCCUUCUGUACAGAGCGUUCAGUUUACUCAGGCUGAAUGUUUUCUGACAUAUAUCUCCAGUAUGAAUUUGUUUAUUUUAUGUAAGGAAGAGUUUUUCAGGAAGAGAAAGUAGAGAAGAAAAGAAUGAUGUAACUAAAUCAAAAAAGAAGGAAAAGAGAGGAAGUGAGAAAAGGGGUGAGGAAAGAGAAAGGAGUAAGAGUGGGAAUGGCAAAGGGCAGAGGAAGAGAAAAGAUGGAAUGCAUGUAUGGAAAAUUGAGAAGUAGAGAUGGAGCGAAAUGGUGUGGAAACAUUUACUUAUUGAGUUGUAGCCCUCAUGCUACAUCUGUUUGCUUGCCUAGGCUCUCUGGGGUCAGGAAAGGUGCUGACUUCCAUGGAAUGGGGCAGCAGGGCCUGCUGUGUUUGGUUUGUUAAUACUAGAGUUGUCUCCCAAUCACCCGACUUACUGAUCAUUUAGUCCCAAUUCAACAUUUUGUGUGUGUGUGGUUUUUUUUUAUUUUUAAAUUUUUAUUAUUUUUUAUUUUUUACUGGAUCCCAGUUUGUGAGCUAGGACCUGUGGAAAUACAAGUAUCUUCCUUUUUAGCUUUAUCGUUUUAGCUAUCCCAAGUGUUAGACUGCAAGACUAACUACAUAUUCUCCAGUGGAGGUUGGAAGUGGAGGGGACUGCUUCAUUAGGUCUGAAGGUGGCCCAGGAAUGUGUUGUAGCAGUUUUCCCAGAUGUUACUGAUGAGAGGCCAGGUUUGGGAAUCACUGCCCAACCUUGGAUGGCAAAUUAAACAAUAAAUUACACCUAUUUAUUCCUCAGUCAGGAUACUUUCAGUUGAACCAUUCUGAGUAGAUAUAAGAGGACAAAAGACAGCAGAAAUACCUUAAAAGAUAUUAUUUGUUGUCUUAUUUUUCACAUAUUUGUAUUAAUAAAUACCUUAGUAGUAAUCAGAACCUCUUUGAGAUGUUUUUAGGAAGGCACUGAUUUGUUUUUUAAAAUAAUUUUUUUGGUUCCUUAGAGUAGAGAAGAAAAGUAGGGGUGCAGUAUGUCAGGUGUGGGGCCAGUUAUCCAUUUAUUAAAUGCAAUUUCAAAUGUCUUAAAACAAUAAUUGCCUUAUUGCAUUUUAAUAUUUAAUAAAGUAGAUUAAAUAAAUAUUUGUAUUAUAAUAGUUAUUCUUUUUAUACAAUGCCAAAGCAACCUUUUUUUGCCUAUUAAAGUCUGGCUAAACUGUUCUGAUGUUGUUGUUUCUUAAUUCAUUAAACAUGAAACUAGGUUUUACAAAAUUAUAUAAACUUAAGACAAAUCUAAAAAUGGUACAAGAAAAUUCUUUUUUUAAAAAACAAAUUAAUAUGUUAUUCAAAUAUUUAGCAAUUAAAGACUAAAGAGAAAAACAGAAUAGCAUAUUGGAUGUAACAGUUUAAAAUGGAUUGCAUAUCAAUGUCAGACUUUUAAAUAGAAAAUAUUUAUUAUCACCUCAUUUCUACCAGUAAUUUCAAAUGUUUAAUGGGACUUUGAAAAGAUAAGAAAAAAUAGAAACGAAAAUUUCUCUCACCAUUAAUACUGUGAAUACUAUUUGGAAGGUCCCUGGUCCGACAUUUAAAUAUCAAACUUAAGAACUGAUUUGGAGCCUUUGAUUAUAUUUAGUUUAUAUACGGGAUCUGAAUAUUUACACACAUAGCACACUAUAGCAACCUCUUGUAAAAAAUCGUGAAGAUAAUGCAGCAGUAUAUUCUAUUAAAAAGUAAAUUGGCUGGGUGUGGUGGCUCAUGCGUGUAAUCCCAGCACUUUGGUAGGCCGAGGAAGGAGGAUUGCUUGAGCCCAGGAGUUUGAGACCAGCCUAGGUGACAAAGUGAGACCCCAUCUCUACAAAAAAAUUAAAAAAUUAAAUUAUCCAGGUGUGGUGGCGUGUGCCUGUGGUCCUAGCUACACAUUAAGUUGAGGCAGGAGGAUUGCUUGAGUGCUGCAAGAGUUUGAGGCUGCAUGAGCCAAGAUUGCACUGUUGCAUUCCAGCCUGGGUGACAGAGUGAGACCCUGUCUCAAAAAAUAAAGGAAAUUGGCUUUGAAAAAUAGCCAUUUUCAACCUUUUUAUAAAACCUCUUCAGGGAAUAUUGGAGUAUUAUUUUGUCAGGCAAAAAUAAUCCAGGGCUUGAACAUUGCUGUAGAAUAUGUUAUCUGUUCAAAACUUAGCAGAGCACGCAUGCAUCACAUGCAUUGUCAUCAGUAUUUGAGAGCUCUACCAAUGGUUUUUGAUGGAUGCUGUAACAGAAGGUCUAUGAAGAGGAUGGUGGUUUGCACCUACUCCUCAAGUCAGAAACUGGAAAAGGUUGCAGGUAUUUCAAUUUUCCCAAUCAUUUUGCAUAAAUGUAUUAAUAUUUUGAGUAGUAAUAGUUCUAAAGCUGCAGGAAGGCAUCAUUGUAUACUGUGAUUUGUAGAGAGUACUACUCUUACACUGCUCUUUAUCUUAAAAUGUUUUGGUAUACUGUGAACAUUUUCCUCUAAGUAUUUGUUGUAUUUUGACAGUUAUUCAAAGAGAAUAUAAAAUGAUAGAUUCUGGUCUAAACUAAGAAUAAUGGAAAGUUGCUUCAUCCUGCCUUAGAGGAGUUUUCAGUUCAUCCUCUUCUUGAGAAACUAUGUGUUGCUGUUACUAAAUAAACAUUUACUCACUAAACAUUUUAUUUCCU